UCCCAAGAUGGCGGACCACCGGGACUGCGCUGGGCAGCAGCUGAAGCGGUGGCAGGAACUACGCGGCUCGCAGAAACCAGAUGCCUUGACCACAGGAGCAGGAAUUCCAGUGGGAGACAAGUUGAACAUCAUGACGGUGGGUCCACGAGGCCCUCUCCUGGUUCAGGAUGUGGUUUUCACCGAUGAGAUGGCACACUUUGACCGAGAAAGGAUUCCCGAGCGAGUUGUGCAUGCCAAAGGAGGAGGAGCUUUUGGUUAUUUUGAAGUGACUCACGAUAUCACAAAGUAUUGCAAAGCAAAGGUAUUCGAGCACAUUGGAAAAAGAACUCCACUUGCUAUCCGAUUCUCCACAGUUGCUGGAGAAUCAGGCUCAGCCGAUACAGUUCGUGAUCCUCGAGGCUUUGCAAUGAAAUUUUAUACUGAAGAGGGCAAUUGGGAUCUUGUUGGAAACAACACUCCCAUUUUCUUUAUCCGAGAUGCAAUGCUGUUUCCAUCCUUCAUCCAUACCCAAAAGAGAAACCCACAGACACAUCUGAAAGAUCCAGACAUGGUAUGGGAUUUCUGGAGUCUCCGUCCUGAGUCACUACACCAGGUGUCAUUCCUGUUCAGUGAUCGUGGCAUUCCAGAUGGAUUCCGCCAUAUGAAUGGCUAUGGAUCACACACUUUUAAGCUGGUAAAUGCAAAUGGCAAAGCAGUGUACUGCAAAUUCCAUGCUAAGACUGAUCAGGGAAUCAGAAACCUUCCCGUUGAAGAAGCAGGAAGAUUGGCUUCAGAAGAUCCCGACUAUGCUCUGCGCGAUCUCUAUAAUGCUAUUGCUGAUGGAAACUAUCCAACGUGGAGUUUCUACAUCCAGGUUAUGACAUUCGAACAAGCCGAGAGAUUUCCAUUCAACCCUUUUGAUGUGACUAAGGUUUGGCCUCACAAAGACUAUCCUCUCAUCCCGGUGGGAAAACUGAUCUUAAACAGGAACCCUGCCAAUUACUUUGUGGAGGUGGAACAACUGGCUUUUGACCCAAGCAACAUGCCCCCGGGCAUUGAACCGAGCCCUGAUAAAAUGCUACAGGGUCGCCUUUUCUCAUAUCCAGAUACUCACAGGCACCGUCUUGGACCCAACUAUCUUGCAAUUCCAGUAAAUUGUCCCUACCGAACUCGAGUUGCCAAUUACCAGAGAGAUGGAUUUAUGUGUGUGUCUGACAACCAAGGUGGGGCCCCAAACUACUAUCCAAACAGUUUUACUGGUCCUGAGGAACAGCCUCACUUGAAGGAGACACGUCUACUUCUUUCAGGCGAUGUGACACGUUUCAAUAGCGCAAACGAAGAUAAUGUGUCCCAAGUACGGGACUUCUAUACCAAAGUACUGAACGAGGGUGAACGCCAGAGGCUUUGUGAGAACAUUGCUGGCCACCUUAAGGAUGCUCAGGUGUUCAUCCAGAAGAAAGCUGUGCAGAACUUUGCUGAUGUUCAUCCAGAGUAUGGUGCGUGCAUUCAGGCCAUCCUGGACAAACACAAUGCUCAAAGUAGCAAGAAGGGACAUAUUCAUACCUAUACACAAACUUCAUCCCACACAAUUGCAAAGGAAAAGGCUCAUUUGUAAAUGGCAUCAUCUGUGGUUAGUUGGUCCCA